UUCCUGCAGGAGAUGCUAAAAGCAGCUUAGCAUUGCUUGUCUCUCUUGUUUAUGUUAUGGUAUUUAACAGAGGGACAGAAGUAUGAAGUGCUCGUCUUCUGAUUAAGUCUGGACAUAUUUCAGAAUAUCACACGGCAUCUAAAUGGGAGCUUAUUACUGCGCCGUUUGCAGGCAGACAACGUUCUCGGGGAAGAAACACAUCUUCGGUAAAACCCACCAGAGCAGACUGAGAGUCGUUCUGCUGAAGUUUAUAGAAAAGGUGAAAGAAGCUCGUCGAACUCUUAAAAAACCCCAGGUAGAUAAGUUUGACUGCACUCUGCACACGCAGAAGUUCUGGUGCUACUGCUGUGAGCUUGAGGUUGAAAGAAACGUUACAGACGGCAAAAUGACUGUGCUACACGGAGGCUUGAUUGAACACAUGUCAACCCCAGAACACAAGAAGAACACUAACAAGUUCUGGUGGGAAAAUAAAGCCGACCCAAAGCUUCGAGAUAAAGUCAUCAUCGCAGAAGAAGAGACUGAGAGAUUUAAAGCUGAGGUGGCAAAAGGAUUUGACUCAUUUGUGGAGAAGGAGGAUGAGUUUAUUAAAGAGCAAGCUGACGUUAUCCGGGCCCAGGAAAAGCAGCGCCAGGAGGUCGUUCAGUCUCUUUUAGAGCGUGACGAAGAGCUGGAGUCGUCCAACGGGCUCAACGGCAGCGUCACGUCUGCAGAGGUUUCUGUCAGCGCACGUUUCCCAUUCCAAGGUUCAGAUGAGCAGAUGGGGAGGAGCUUUGUUGACUCGAUGGCUGAGGUGCCGCGGGCCACGACGGGGCAAGGCCUCACGUUUAUAGGUUAUCAGGAUUCAUCAAACAUGGGAAAUGUUCACACAGGUGCUCUCCCUCCUUGGCUUCAAGACGAUCCUCUGGAGGGCACGUCCGGAGCUGCAGCGCAGACAGAGAUCGGCCCAUCGCUUCAAGGGUUUCUCAAACACAAGGAGCAAGAGAAGCUGAGGAAGCUUCCUCCGAACAGAGUGGGUGCCAACUUUGAUCACAGCUCAAACACAGAUGCCAACUGGCUUCCUUCCUUUGGGCGGGUGUGGAACAGCGGCCGGCGCUGGCAGUCCAGGCACCAAUUCAGACAAGAGGAAGGGCAGAAGAAAAAACAGAAGAGGAAGCGGGAGCAUGGCACAGAGGGCUCAAAGAGAACAAAAACGACUGAACAGCUGCCGAAUUCUGACACUUAGAAGUUGCUCUGUGAAAACGUCUUGGUUUUUUUGUUUUUUUUUUACUCGGUUUGCAAGUGUUGAAUGAUGUUUAAACCAUGUUCGCGGUGGACUGGUUGACGUAUGAAAGCUCAUUAGACGGACUACUGUUGGCUGAAGCGGAAAAUUAAUCUUUCUAACACUUACGAGUCAUUGAAGUAGCAAGCGGUUGCAGCUAGAUGUGUUCUUCAUGUCAAAUAGUUACAUUACAAAUAGCAUUUUUGUAUUUAAAAAGCUGUAUAUUACGACUAUGUACUAUAUACUGAGCUAGGUUUGAAUCAAACUGCCUCUUAAUUUGUUUGAGCUGCGUAUUUCAAAAUAAAUGACAGGAAUGAGUUCACAGCUUUUUUUCAAUGCAUGGCUGAUGCAUUGAUGCAUUGAAUGAGCCAAACUGGAGGGUUUCUGUCCUGAUGAGCUUGCAUGGUGGAACUCAUGCCAUUACCAACAAGGCUGCUGUCACUCACCUCAUACCUCAUUUAGUGUUGUAUGAGACAAGAUGGGUUGUUUUUUUUUUUUCUAAUUUUUUUGCAUCACCAUAGUGUAUUUAUAUUUGGGGAAAAGAGUUAAUCAAAUCCAGGAUUCUGACUUACAAGUUGGUGAGACUGAGCUCUGAGAACAACGUGACAGUUCUCUCAAGUGAGCAGCAGGGGGCGCAAAGUGCUCAGACAAUAUAGUCAACAAUAAAGUAUAUAUGUCUUAUGAUAUAUCCUUGUUUU